CGUACCCAGCUUUCGAAAAAUGGCUUCGCGACUACUUCCUGCCCCUGUUAUCAGCCCCGUUUAUAAUACCUCUCCGUUUCCGCCUCUUCCUCCCUUUUCGGCAACGGCUACUAACUCGCCAACAUGCCACUUGCUAAAGACCUGUUACACCCAUCCCCCGAGGAAGAGAAGAGGAGGCACAAGAAGAAGCGUCUGGUCCAGAGCCCAAACUCUUACUUCAUGGAUGUAAAGUGUCCAGGAUGCUACAAGAUCACCACAGUGUUCAGCCACGCUCAGACAGUGGUGCUGUGUGUGGGCUGCUCCACAGUGCUGUGCCAGCCCACUGGUGGUAAAGCGCGUCUCACAGAAGGAUGCUCUUUCAGGAGGAAGCAGCAUUAGCUUCGCCAGUGACCACCGAGAGGUGGGGUUGGACCGCAGGACAUCAGCGAGUCCCGUUUGACCGCGACCGCGUUUCCAAAGCCGAGCGCCACCGAGCCGGACCGAGAAGAGGCCACAGAGCGUCAAGGCUGCAGUCCCAGCAGAGAAGAUCCCAACCGGACUGACUGAUGUGCUGUAGCCCCAACCCGUUAAACCUUUCUAAAUAAAAAAAAAAAGUUUUCAUUAAAGGAACAGCAA